UCAAAAGGAUGAAUGAAGGGAAGCAGCCCCUGUACCAGGAGGACAUCGACAGGACAAUCCUGAACUCACUGGAGCUGCUGAAUACUCUGGAUCGAAAUGCAGCCGAAGCCUUUCGUUUGCAGCACCCUCAAUCUGAGAUGAUUGAGAAGGAUAUGAAACAGCUGCGAGAGAGUAUGAUGAAGCUCCGUGAGGAACAUGAUCGCAUUUACAAUUGCUCUGCCACCGUCAACCGGGGAAAGAAGAUUGAUGAGAAACUGGAUGAUUCUGAAUGGGAAGUUAAAAGACCUUCAGAGGACAAGACAAAUGCAAAUAUCCAGUACAGUGUCAGCUCCUCUGAAGGGAUGCAUGAAUGUUCAGAGACUAGCCUCCGCUGGCGGUCUGUCGGUGAUGUUAGUUUGGAUUAUCGGUUUGCUGACUGGAAAUCACUCAGUAAAGAUACUAUGAAGAAAUACACACCCUGUGGACCUUUGAUAGACAUCAUUGCAACCUCUGGCACACUGGAGGAAAUUCAGUUACCUCACUUCGUCUGUGUCGAUCCUACAUCUUCCUCAGACGAUACAAUGCAAGUUCUUUAUGUGAAGGACGGUGUUGUUUCAUUGGAAAGAUGUGAAUUAAGCGGACUCCAUGCUAAGCUUCUCAAUCCCACCGUCGCAUUAUUUGGAGUUGUUGCAAAUCAUCGUCACCCCCCCCUGAAAUAUUACUGUGAGACUUUGAUUUAUUGCAACAGAAAGGCUUCCCUCAACCUUCAUGUGUACCUGAUUGUAAAGGAUCAAAAACUUAAGAAGUAUGUGGAGGAGAAGGAGAAAAAUAAUAAGGAGAUUGUAAAACCAACACCAGAUGAAGGCCUAACAAUGGAUUACAGUUACACCCUGAAGACAUCUUGUGACUCCAAAAUCAAACCUCAGAGUUUAAAAUUGAGUCCCGGCAAGACCAACUUCUUUGAUUUACACAUUCAAGAUGCAAAGGAAUGUCUCGAACUCUCUAUAGAGACAAAAGAGGGCCAAAAAAUAUGGGAUGUUAAUAUAGAACCAGAUGAACUCAACACAAACAGUUCAGCAUCUGACUGGAGGCUAAAAACAAUUAAUAGAUCGGUGCUGAUUUUGCAAUGGUGGCGCCAGCUGAUAACAGCUAUUGAACUCUCAGCUGGUGGUCCUCUUAAAACGUCUCUUCAGCGAUCCAGAACUCUUCAGUCUGCAGAGACUGACACCGCACAGAAAAAGGGAAGAUGCAAAAAGGGUGAAGGCGCUGAGUUUGUGGAGAAGCACAGGACAGAGUUGAUCAGAAGGGUCUCACUGGUGGAGCCCAUUGCAGACGACAUGAAACCUCUGCUUGGAGAUGAAAAAUACCGAAUCAUCUUAGUGCAACAUAAAGGAGCAACAGAUGCACAAAUGAGAACGCUUCUGGACUUUCUGACAACACCUAAACUGAAAGAUAAACUUUACCAAAGUCUUCUAGAACGCGAGCGUCCACUUGUUGAACAUUUGGAGGGUUCUGGGUAGAUGCUCUUCCGCACGUCAGAAGAAUUAAUGCAUUAUGGCUUAUUAUUACUUUACAGCUGACAGGUCAUUCGUAUUAUAAUGUGGCCUGGAGUAUAAUGAGAUGUGGAAUAUACAGUUCUGAUUGGUUUACAUACACAGCCGUAAACAUGUUUUAGUUUAGUGUCUAUAUUUUUACACUCAAUGUCAUUUAGUGUUCAGAUAUAAACCUAAGAAUACAUAAAAGCAAAUACUUUGACUUUGAACUUCGCGACUUUCUGAAACAAAGAAUGAGAUUGGUCCGCCGUGAGGAAGAUUAGACAUUAUUCCAAACCAUCUCCAUUUGAGUGAUAUAUCUCUGUUUGUGCUAGAGACACCAGCUUUAACAAAAAACGUAUUUCCUUAACUUUACCCGUGCUGUGUAAAACUAUUGUUUGGCAGCUUCACAUUUACUGAAAACUCAUUCCUUUCCUUUUACACGUUCCCAUUUAUUAUUGUUUUUCCUAGAGCUGCUUCAGGUAGCUAUGAUAAAUCGCCUCUAUCUGGAUACAUCUCUAUAAUUAACUGCUUUUUUAUUCUUCAUAAUGGCAAAAACGAGCUUGGUGACCAUUGAUGCAGUACAGUAGUUUGGACAAUGUGUUUGUCUUUAAAUGAGUUUGACAUAUCAAUAAAUACUGGGAAA